UGGUCGACAUUUUGUGGUUAUGGACCGUCGCGGUAAUACUCACGCACAGGUCCGUCUUUGGGAAGGAGGAAAAGUCUUGUACAAGAAAAUUAGUUGGGAAUUGUUCUUUUUAUAAUUCUGUGAAACAGAGUCUUUUGGAAAGUGCCCUUUCUUCAGACUUCAUCAAUAUAUUUGAAUCUCGAGCAAAACAAUUUUUAUUGUCAAGAGGAAAUGUAGAUGGCUAUAAAAUUCAGGGAAAUGGUCAAAUAUAUUACAAAGGUCAAACCAAGGCAAAUUUUUCUGAUGCAGCUCAAAAUUGCUUGCUCAGAAAAAUGCAACUUCUUGCAUUAGAAUAUUUUGACAAAGAGGUGAACAAUCUGGAUGAGUUUAAAAAAAUAUUUUGGAAUAAUACUUAUUAUACCGGAGUUGGAAAUUUUCUAGCGCUAAGCAACAAUUUCACCGACGUAAUGAGCGAAAAGGUUUUGAAGCAAGAUGAUCAUUAUUACUGGACAAGUGGAACGGUGGCCAAAUCACAAAACAGAGUGACUUGGUGUUCUUCAGGGACGACAUGUAACUACAAUUCAACAAUGGUAAUGAGCAAGACCAGAGCCAAUAAAUGGUGUAUUGCGUUGAAUAAGAAAGAAAAGAAGCUUGUCCACAUUGCCUGUUCAAAGAAAUUGCGAUUUUUCUGCGAAUAUCCUUGCAGCAAAGCCCUGUGCCCAAAAAAUAAAUAUUGCAAAAUAGAUGAGACUCUUUUUAGAAAAUCUGGAAACAACAAACUGUGGAUUUUUGAUGGUUCACAAAGUUUUGGUACGUUUUUAAGAUUGCCUUCAACGACGGAAGAAGAAGGAUAUGUCGUUAUUCUUAAAAGUAGCCGUUUGGUAACUUGGGAUGAAAAUUGGUUGACUUGCUGCUCACUAGGAAUGCAACCAGUGUCUUAUGGUCCCAUUAAUGAAUAUGGAUUAGAUAAUAUCGACUUUUCUGCAGAGCUCGGAGAAUAUUGGACCGGCGGCACUCGUCAAGGAUGCAAUGGACAGUUUUCCUGGUGCUUGUCCGACCAAAAAGAAUGGCUGUACAAAGCCCCGAUAAUCAACUUGAACGACAAUGGUGCCUGCGUUGCGGUGGCGAGAACUUAUUACCCUCGAGAUUUCUUAAUGGAAGGGAAACAAAUUUUUAAAGGCUUGAAUUUAAUAGUCAUGCCUUGCAAAAGUAAAGCAAGGCUUGCCUGUAUCUAUAAGGAAAACCUAAAUGCAGAAAUCAGACUUAAUUUCGGAUACACACAAAAAUCGGCAGAUAGUUCUUCAACAUUAUCUCCUAAAAAUGGAACCAAGAAUCUGAAAAGACCAGACUUUUGGUACAUUGGAAACUACAAUGAUAUCGAUCUCAAAUCAAGGCAAAAUGUUAUGAAGUACGUCUUGCUUAUAAGCAUGGAAUAUCCAAUGGAAUACGUGCUCUUUCAACCAUACAAGCUCGGCCAAUGGACUCAAAUGUGUGGUUCAUAUAUGCUUUUUCCGUCAUUGCCAGUGAAAUCUUGGAGAGAUGCACAUGAUGUUUGUUUGUCAUUUGGAGCAACCUUGCUUUCAAUAGAAACCGCUGACAAGCAAAGUUGUGUUAGUGAUGCAAUGCUUAAAGUUCAAAACAAUGCAACAAAAUAUUGGACUUCUGGCGUUGAAUUUAAUGGUGUGCGCCAGUGGUGCUCAACAAAGCCAGAUUACGUGAUGAGGCCCGAAUUGACCAUGAAACUUGAAAACGCACGUGAAGUGCAAAAUGCUUGUUUCUACGUGCAGGUUAAUAAUUACAACUUUGCCGAAAUCGGUGCCGCAAAUUGCGACGACAAAUAUCACUAUAUCUGCGAAAUUUAUCCUAAAACUGUCAAUGCAAACGGCACGCGAGAUAGCUUAGCACUUAUAGAAGAGUGCAAAGUGAUUAACGGAUUAAAAAAGCGUGAUCUGGAAAAGAUGUUAAAUAUUGACUUUUCCAAAUAUGCAUAUGCGAUGAAGUGUUUCAUCCAUUGCCUCGGUCAAAGAUUGGGAAUUAUAAACGGGCCGUUCAGUAUUAAUAUUGAACUGAUACAAAAAUAUUUAUCAUCUGGAGAUUACUUAGUAAUCGAUAAAAUAUUGGAACAAUCGGAAAGGAACGAUUCAGUCAAAACCUUUCAAGAUACAAUAAAGGAAAUUCUUGGAGAGGAAAAAUUUGAAACAUUUCUUGAGUAUGCAAUGUACGAAGAGGACGAUAAGCAGAAAAUAUCUGAACUGGAAUUCAGAAACUCUCUGAAAGCAAUGAUUGCUAAGUGCAGCAAGGAUGAAAAUGUUUUAAAGGCAAAAGAUGAGUGCUCUUUUGCCCAUCUUGCUACCCUGUGUGUUUCGGAAGGUUCGGAAUUGACGAAAAAUUUCUGGGAAAAGAUUUCGAUUUCGUCCUUAAAUGAAAGCGCAGCCAUGCCUUUGCCUUUAGUUAUGAGUACUGAUAAAAAGUAUGCAACCUCCCACUGCUCUCUCAAGAUACUCGCAGAAUCAACAAUAAAAGGGGAAAAUUGUUUUUUAUUGAAUGAAAAGCUGAACUUGAGUGAUGGAACUAGAUUGGCAUUCAUGAAAUUGAAUAAAAGUACAAAUCUUUGGCUGGAAAACAACUGUGGACGAAUACAUUUUGGUCACCGACCCUACGCUAGCAACAUGCUUGACUUGCAGACCCUCUUUGAAACCUUUCAAGGCUCUGAAAUCGAUAUUCUAUGGGAAGAGACGUUUGUGGACAAGAACGGAACUACUCGCUGGUGCAAGUCACCUGAUUAUCCUGAAGUGCCUCUAAAAAUCGAAGGGGACUCAAGUAUGCCGCAUUUAGUGAUUUCAAAAGCCAAGCCUGAGCCGAAUCUGCACGCGAUCACCCCGGCUGACUUUUUGUUGGAAUAUGAACAAAUAAAUUACGCAGAUAUCUGUGUCCAAGAUGUCAAAGAGAUCCAAUCGUUUUGUAAUGUGGAGUAAACAGAAGAAAAAAAAUUAUCCAUAUAUUAAUGCAAUUCACGUAUAUCUUAUUGAAUUAUUGAUCU